AUGACACAACAAGAAGAGUUCUCAAUUUCAAUUGGAAUUGAUUUAGGACUUACACAUUCUUCAGUUGCUUAUUAUGACAUUGUUAGAAAUGAACCUAUCAUACUUCAAGACAAAACAGGAAAAGAACAAAUACCAUCGUGCGUUAAUCUUUCACAACUAAAUAGUAGUGGAUUUGCUGUUGUAGGAAAUGUUGCAAAAUAUGACAUUAAUAAUAAAUGUAUUAUUUAUGAUAGUAAAAAAAUAAUAGGAAGAGAUGAAAUUGAUGUUGAUUAUGAAGAUUAUCCAUUUGAAGUAAAAGGCAGAGAUAAUGGAAGUGCUUAUAUUGAAUGUUAUAAUCCAUUGACUCAAGAAAGUGAAGAAUUUGAACCAGAAGAAAUUAGUGGAAUGAUAUUAAAAUAUUUAUAUGAAACUGCCCAAGAAAAACUUGGUAAUCAUCCAAUAUCAAAUGUUAUUGUUACUGUCCCAGCUGAAUUCAAUGAUAGACAAAGAGAGGCAACAUUAUUGGCAUGUAAAUUAGCAGGAAUUAAGAAUGUUGAACUUGCUAAUGAACUAAUAGCAGUUAUUAUUGAAUAUAAAAGAGAAUAUCCAAAUUCAUUAAAAAAUGGAGAUAAAAUUGUAGUAAUUGAUUUUGGAAGAACACUAGAUGUAACAUGUUGUAAAAUAGUAAAUGAUAAUAUCAUUGUAGAUUCAUCCGGAGGAAAUGAGAAUUUAGGAUUCAAUGACAUUGAUAAAGUGAUGAGUGAUAUUAUUAAAGAAAGAAUAGAAGAAGGUAUUCCAGGAUAUUAUGAACAGAAACAAGGAAUGACUCAAGAAGAAAAGAUAACACUCAACAAGAAAAUAAUUAGAUUAAAGAAAGAAUCAGAAAGAAUUAAAAUUGAAUUAAGUGAUAAAAAUGAUACUGAAUUAGAUUUAGAAUUAUUAUUAUUAUCUGAUGAUUAUGAAUUUAGUACUGAUUUUACUAUCACAAGAAAAGAAUUUGAAGAAGAAUGUUACAAAAGAGGAAUAUAUGAAGAAUUUAUUAAUAAAAUAAAACAAGUUACUCAAAGAAAAGGAUAUAAAAAAAGAAAUGUUAAAUUAGUAAUACUAAAUAGUGGAAUAUGUAAAAUACCAAGAAUUAGAGAAGAGGUUACUAAGUUAUUUGAUAUACAAACAUUUGCUGAUGAAAGUUUUAAUCCACUUAAUGCUGUUGUAAAAGGAGCUGCAUAUUUAGCAUUUUCAAAACAAGAAACUGUUAUUGGUCAUGAAGUUGUAUAUGAUAUUGUUCCAACACCAAUUGGAAUAGAAGUAAAAGGAGGAACAUUUAAAAUACUUAUUAAAGAUGGAGAAAAACUUCCUACAAAUAUAAUUACAAAAAGGUAUUCUACAACAAAACUCAAUCAAACAUCAAUAAAAUUUAAUAUUUAUAAAGGAUUUGGUAAAUGUGUUAAUUCAUAUAAAAUGGAAUACAUCACUACUCUUUGUAUUGAUCGAACUCAUAAUGGAAAAUCUAGAGAACAAAUAAUUGAAUUUACAAUGCAAAUUAAUGAAAAGGGGGUGAUGAAUAUUUGUGGUUCUGUUAUUGGGACUGAUAUCAAAAAAGAAAUGCAUGUUAACAUUGAUUUAUCUAGAGAAAAUGGUGAAACUGCAAAAUUAAUAAAACAUUUUCAAUCAUUUUAUUAA